ACCUUAGUGUAAGGUACCAUGAGUAUGUAGAAAGCAGCGAUUGAUCCUAAUAGCAAAUCGUAACCGUAAUGCUUCAGAAAAUUCGCAGAUUUAUCAUUGGAAGCCAUUGUUUUCAUUUUCGGUGUGUUGCAGAGGGAGUUCAGAAUUCCAACACUAUAAACUAAAACAUUAGUUGGACCUUUUAGAAGUGUUGGGCUUUUAUUUACUAGGCCCAUUGGACCCUUCCCAAUUAUCUCGAGAACUAAAAACUCUCUUCGUUCGGCCUUAGGAAGCUGAACUUUGUUUCCCGCCGUCGCCGGAGCUUCAUUCACCACCACCACCGUGAGCACCACCGCUUCUAACCGCAACAAAAGAAGCACUGUCACUUCAACUUUUUUCCUCCACACUUUGAUUCCUUCAUUCACUGCUAAACAAAUUGGGGGAUCAUAGUGACAUAUUGAAUGGCUGCAACGAGGACUCGAGUUAGUAGCUUUUCUCGCAAUGUGUCGACUGUAACAUCUCAGAAUUCAGGACUCAAGCAUGGCCCUAAUGGGACAAUAUUUCUAUCAUCUGGGAUUCCAGAUCUCGACAAGAUUUUAGGUGGUGGUUUUUCUCUUGGUAGCCUUGUCAUGAUUAUGGAAGAUGCAGAAGCACCUCAUCAUAUGCUUCUAUUGAGAAAUUUUAUGUCUCAGGGACUUGUACACAAACAGCCACUCUUGUAUGCCAGUGCUUCUAGUAGAGACCCUAAAGGAUUUCUUGGUACUUUGCCUGCUCCAGCCUCAUCCAAAGAGGAGAAAACUCGAGAUCAUACACAUGAAAAGGACCUGAGAAUUGCUUGGCAAUACAAGAAGUACUUUGGUGAUCCUCAGCUAAAUAUCAGCUCUAAUAAUGGUGCUCAACAAGAUUACUGCAAUGAUUUUGACUUGCGGAAGCCUCUAGAUAGACAUUAUUUUAGUGGCAUGAAUGUAGAUUGUCUCAGCAUCCAAGAUUCCUCAAACCUUUCUUCUCUUCAAGAUCGUUGUUCUGAAUUUCUAUCUCAGUUCUCAAGCAGAAAUGAAGGCAACAUUUCCUCUGCUGGCCGCGUUGCAAUUCAAUCAUUCUGUUCUCCACAAUGCAAAUAUGCAGACAUGGAGUGGCAUAUGCUUUCCUUUAUUAGGUCCCUAAAAGGCAUGGCUAGGUCAUCAAAUGCUGUUGUUGUUGUAACAUUUCCACCUUCACUUCUUUCUCCAUCUUGUUCAAAACGAUUUCAACAUAUGGCAGAUACCUUGCUUUCUGUGAGAGCAAUUCCAGAUGAGGACAAAGAAAUGGCAAAACUCCUCACUGGCUACCAAGACAUGGUUGGACUUCUAAAUAUACAUAAAGUUGCACGGUUAAAUACACAGGUUCCUGUGAUUCUUGAGGCCACAACAUUCUCAAUAAAAUUGCAAAAAAGGAGGUAUUUGGUUCUAGAAUGUCUAAAUCAAGCCCCGGUCGAUGGUUCAACUGGGAGUUCGUAUAACACAUCUAGUGGCUGUUCUGGGUCAACUAAAGCUGGGACCCUUGAUUUUUAGGAAAUAUCUUAUUUAUUUGUUAGAAUUAGUUUUAUAUUUGUUAGUAUUAGCACAUGAAGUUGUGUUAUCAACAGAUUUUCAGCCGUAAAUGAAACUUUGUACUAGUAUUUGUCCGGCGCUUGCUAAAUAUCAGUUUCAUGGAUUGCCCAUUUGUGCUUGUUAAUUAAGUUUGAAUAUUGAUCGAA